GGAAUCAAUCCCCAAGUGGCCAAACGCACAUAAAAGCAGCCACCGAUCUCCUCCAACAGAGAACGCGUCGCAAGAAACAGAGCCCAGCAAGGAAAGGAGAACCAACCCGGCAAGAGAAGAAACCCCCGACAUCCGGCGAUGGCUUCGCAGGCGAUCGAGGAGCACCGGUCGGGCGCGGAGGUGCACACGGAGAUGUGCGAGGCCAAGGCCCGCGAGUUCCUGGUGGAGCUGGGCCUCCCCGACGGGCUCCUCCCACUGCCGUCCCUCAUGGAGGUGGGCUACAACCGCGCCACGGGCUUCGUGUGGCUCCGCCAGAGCCAGUCCGGCGGCCUCACCCACACCUUCGACGCCAUCGGCAAGCAGGUCUGGUACGCCCCCGAGGUGACGGCCGUGGUGGAGCGCGGCCGGAUGCACAGCAUGACCGGGGUCAAGAGCAAGGAGCUGCUCAUCUGGGUCACCAUCUCCGAGAUCGUCAUCAGCCCCUCCGGCACCAAGAUCGUCUUCCGCACCCCCGCCGGCCUCGGCCGCGCCUUCCCCGUCUCCGCCUUCCAGCUCAACCCGCCGGCGCCAGAGGGCCAGGGCGAGGCUAAGGCCGCCGAGGAGGCCGCCACCAACUGAUCGAUCGGCACGCAAGUCAAGUCAGCGGUAAGCAGUUAGAUUUGGUCGCCAGAUCCGGUGGUCAUCGCGGUGUCGCUCCGCCAACUUGUAUGUCCGUGGUUUUCCUCUUGUGUAUCACUAUCAGUGGCCGGUGUGCUGCCUAUGGAUGGCGCAGAAAUAAGCCUUGUGCUCUUGUAUGAUUUCAGAUCUGAGUUGGUUGUUACUGUCUGCUACUACUAGUAUUCUUGUUUCA